AGGUUGCACCAUCAAUCGCGACUCUACCACCGCCUCCGGUGGCACCGCAGCUUAAUAUAGCCGUGGCUGUAAAAGGUGCUGAGCCAACUCGGCGGAUCGACCUCAGUGAUUACAAAUUACGGAAUAAUGCAGCGCAGCAACAGCAGCAGCCGAGCAAUUCACAAAAUUCUGCAGCGCAAGCUCAACGAAGAAAUUUCAUGCGACCUGAUGUACUACCACAGACCGUUGCUAAAGGACUGGAUUUAUCGCUUCCUCCAAUUAUUGCAAAUGGCAAGUUUGAUUGCAUGCAUCUCAAAAUGUAUUUUAUAAACUUUACGAUGUCAAAUAAACCCGAUCCAGUUAAGCCAAAUGAAGCCAAAGUUGUCCAAAUGUCAAAAUCUGGGACGCCAAAACCGACGACUUCGCAAAAACCAGCCAUCACGAAUGCUGUGAAACAGUUGCAACCUAUGAGACAGCCAGCGGGGGCCAUUGAACAAGAACGACAUAAAAAGCCCAAACUAGAUGAUUACGAUAAAGAUUUGAAGCACAGAAGAAUUGAGAAAACGAAUGCAGAAGGAUCACAUCAGACGUUUCUGAUAACUGAACGUGUCGGGAGUGCAAAACGUAAACAGUGA